UAAAGAUGUAUUGGAGAACUGUAAGAAGGGUAAGCUAUUUCUGGUCGUGGGAGCCAAGAGAGACUCGCUGUGAAAACGGCUCUUAGCCACUUCGUCCCGUCGAGAGUAGUCUCGCUUUCGCCGCGUAUCGCUGAUAUACUUUUCGGGAGGACGCAUCUCGCGGAAAGUCGAACGAUGUGACUGAUGCAGUGAGUGAGCAAUGUUCAGUUGGUGAUCUACGUACGGCACGAAUGGAAAUCUGGAAACGGGGGUUGCGACGAGGAUCGAGCGGAGAGCGCGCAAUCGAUCAAACUGGAAUGAGAAUUAAAUGACAUCACAUCGUCGACUUCGAUGCAACGGAAGAAUAAGUGCUCUUGUAGAAGAAACCGACAAAAAGCAAAAAAGAUAUUUUAUUUCUACGAAAAAGGAAAACGCAACCAUCCGAGAUUUCUUCAGAAAGGAAUAUUUAGAUUUAGAAGGAAGAACUUUUAUCUUGUAAGAUUAAAGGCUGUUACCGAAAAAUUUCCAGUAUUGCGAAUAUUGUGAAAGUGUGAUUAUCAGUUCUUAUAUUUUAUAAAAAUUUUUACUAUUUUCAUCAUUUUCAAACGUCUAAUAUUAAGCCGUGUGUAUCGUUAUAAAUGGGAGGUGUAUGCAAGAUAUAUUAUGAAAAAUUUUUGUACGCAAAACUGAUAUCGAAUCAUAAUCUCUCUCGAGUUUCUCGGUUAAUGUAAUACGAACUUGGCGAAAAGCUCUGUCUUAAAGGUCUUGAUCACUAAAGGAAAGACAAAAUUGUGUGUGACAAGUUACAAAUUUAGAAUCGAGACACGUGUGAUGUAAAUGAAUCGAAGUAAGACGUCGAGACCAAAUUCGAUGGACGAUAACGCGGCGGGAGCGAGACAGCGACGCGUGCGAAUGAUCGGAAGUGCAAAGUCGCGAUUCCCGUCGUCGAGAUGCCAAGUUUCUAGCUGGUACCUAUUUGUUCGCGUCGUCGACAUAACGAUUUCAUUGACGGUGCGGGCGUAAACAACCCGAUUGAACAUUAAUCCCGAAGAAGAAAGCGGUACAAAGCGCUCUUUGUGCCGCGAAAACCGGUUAAAACGUGAGCUUUUACAAUACGCUUCCAAGAUCAAUGAUCGUGAACUCACGGAUUUGGAUCCAGAUCAAUUUAAACCACGAAAUCUCAGAAGCUUUAUCACAUAUAUUCAAUAUUAAUUAAUUAAUUAAAUGAUGUACACGAUAAUCAAUUAUUUAUUGCUAUAACUUUGAAUACAACAUGACAACAUCAGUUGCAACAUCGAAGAGCCUAAUGACUUCGUUGAGAUCGAAUGUGGAAUGACCACUUUGGAAGAAGACAAUGUCCUUCUGCAGGAUCACAGGUAGAAGCCGGGGUCUCCCUAGGCCGAAUUACUUUCCGCUAUUGCCACCCAUAAGCCCGGCGGACGCGAAACGAUUCUGCCGCAUCACCGGGAAGUCCUAUGGCUUGCCAACCCAUCAUUACAUUCCGGUGCUGUUGGGCGCACACGCCCAGAAGACAAAAUGUAAGAUCACGACGAACGCGUCGGGCCUCGGUCCACACCAUUACACUGCCGGGUUGAUCGUCGGCGAGAAGAAGAAGCAUGUGGUGCUCAAGGAUUAUCGCUACGUGUUCCCGAUCCUGGAGGGCGAGAGCGAACAGCAACGUGCCCUGAGGGAUCUCCUCAAAGCAAAGCAAACUCCCAUCGAGGAGGAAGAAAAAUUUGUGUACACGGUGGAGGAACGAAGAUGCAGUCUCGUGUUUCCGGCGAAGUUGGAGGCUGCCGUCAGGGACGGAGACGUCAAAGAUGUCAUGCUUUCACGGGACUGCGACACCGUUUUGCUAAGAUUGAAGCAGGGUAAGAACGUGUCCGUGGAUUUCAAGAAUCUAGAAGACUUCGAGAAUCUUUAUGAUGGUCUGGGACCGCGAGAGGAAGUGUUGAAGGAACGAGAAAAGCAGGAGGCCGAGGCUAGGAAGCGAAAGAGAAAGAGGCAGACCGCGUUGAAUUACGCGAAGAGGAUCUUCGAGGAAAAGGAAAGGGCAGCCGACGAGGAAGAACUUCGUAGCACCAAGCAGCUUAAGUUAAGAAGCAUCAAGGAAGAAACGAAAGAGGAAACGGUGGAGAACUGGAAGCAUGUAGGCGCGGAACAGGCAAGACUGCGGUCUUCCGACAUCGUCAAUAUUUCGAAUACUUUGAAGAACGCGACCAAGCCUAUUUCUAAGGUAUUGGAUUGGAGCUCAUUUCAGACUAAUGCGAAUAAAACAACUGGCACACCGGUGAUUGAAGAAAUACCGCUUCCUGCCACUGCUGAGCCACAAAUUAUAGAUCACGAACCGGUCCUAUACAGCGAUGGAGUAUCCGAAUCCGUAGGCGGUUUUGAGGCGAUCGCAAUCACGAAACCACUGAAACCUUUGAUCACGAAGCCUGACGCGGCGCUGCAGAGUGCCAUUCGGAAUGUUCCGCAAAAUGAUCUUGAAGAGAGCGUAAAUGUGACAGAAAAACUUCUGCAAGUUGGAGAACAGGCAUUGGAAUGUUUGCCGCGAAUAGAGGAAGUUCCCGAAUUGUUGCAGAAUUUGCCUACUGGUAAAAAGACCACGAUGCACAACGUCAAAGGUCUCAAAUUGGACAUCAAAUCGGCCGAGAGAUUCAUCGCGGGCGAGACAAUACACACGCCGUCAGGUAGUGUCUUCGUGCCCGGGCAAAUCUUGCAGACACCUCAAGGCCUCGCCUUCGUUCCUGGACUCACUCUUACCACGCCUGAUGGUCCCUUAUUGAUUCCCGGACAAAUCGUUACCGUGGAUGAAUCGGAUGGUGCAAAAACGCCGGUGUUUGUCGCUGGUCAGACGUUGAUGACGGAACAGGGCGAGCGUUUUGUACAGGGUCAAACGUUCCACACGAGCGAGGGAAGUAAGUUCGUUGAAGGCCAAACUGUUCUGACAGAGGAGGGUCCGAAAUUCGUGGCUGGUCAAGUAGCAACGGAUAGAACUUUUAUUACCGGUCAGACAGUGGUCACUCCGGAUGGUGUCCGUUUCAUGGCGGGUCAAACUGUCACGGAUUAUUGUGGCGAACCUGUUUUUGUGCCGGGACAAAAUGUACAGAUCGACGGCAAGUACGAGUUUGUGCCGGGUCAGAGCGUUGAGUCACCAAACGGCGAAUCCAAAUUUGUUCCUGGACAGACACUGUUGACGACUGAAGGUUUGCAGUUCGUUGCAGGUCAGUAUGUGACUACAAAAUCGGGUGAGAAACAUUUCGUACCCGGUGUUACCAGCGAAACGGGAGAUACUUCAUCAUUCGUACCGGGAAUGACGCUGGACACUCCUAAAGGCCAGAAGUUUGUCGAGGGUCAGAUGUUAAAAACACCGGAAGGCAUACUUUUCUGUCCCGGACGAACUAUCAUCACUGAUAAAGGCUUUGAGUUCGUUGCAGCGAGCAAAUUCGACGAUGUCAUCUUCCGAGACACUGGUCCUGUUGGCAUACCGGUUGACUCGAAAACUGCGAAUGCGAUGUCAGCUUUCCGGCAACGCGAAAUUUUUGGUCACAUGGUGCAGACAGAGAGAGGCAUCGAGUUCUUCCCAGAGACUGUGAAGAAAUUGCCGGAGGGCAGAAGAAUCGUCCCGGGUCAGCUAGUCAGCGGCGACAAGGAUGGUCCGCAUUUCGUGCCGGGUGUCAUGACAGAGGACGGCUUUCUUCCAGGUCAAAUAGUUACGACGGAGAAAGGAGAAGAGUUUGUGCCGGGCCAGGUGAUCGAUACCAGCAGCGGACCGAAAUUCGUGCCUGGUCAAAUAGUGGAGACACGAGCUGGACCUAAGUUUGUACCCGGCCAAACGGUGGACACAGAGGAUGGGCCACGUUUCGUACCUGGUCAGAUCGUCGACACUAAGGUGGGACCCACGUUUAUUCCUGGACAGGUGAUUUACACCGAGGAGGAGGGCUCCAGAUUUGUACCGGGACAAGUGGUGGACACGCCGGACGGACCCAGGUUUGUACCAGGUCGCGUCGUCGAGACAAAUGAGACCGGGGUAACUUUUGUGCCGGGUCAAAUUGUGCAGACAGAAGAAGGGCCUUGUUUCGUUGCACCUGAUCUCAUAGAUACGCCCGAGGGCGAAGUGGAGUUCUCCGUACAAGGCUUCGAGGUUACGCCUGAGGAGCUGCGGCUGUUACGACCGCAACACCUGUACUACAAUCCACGUUUUCGUCAUCGUGGUGAGACCAGCAUUGAUGCCAAAAUGUUGCACGAAUUGUCGGAGGCAGGUUUGUCCGUUGGACGAAAAGUCGCGACUAAUUUGCCGGCGGUGGAUGUAGACGUGGACCCGAAGGCGGUGGCAUUGGAGCAGGCUCUUGCUGUGGCGACGACCAAGUUGAAUCUGCAGAGUGGCACGGCGAUAAAAAUGGCGCAAAUCGUAUCCACUAUUGCGCAAUUAGCGAGGAAUAUAGCUCUGCAGCAACAACAAAAUCUAAAUUCUUCAAAUACGACAAUAUUGACUAAUGGCGUCCAAUCAUCUGCUGUAGGAAAAGACGAAAAAACUAAGACAGAUGAUGAUGAUGAAGAUAUCGAGUUUCUUCAGGACACGAUAAGAGCAGCAAUUGCAGCAAUCGUUUUAAUGAUAUCGAAUGACCAACAGGCAACAUCAGAUAACAAUCCUCAAGAUUUUAUUUAUUCUUCUAUCUGCGAAUCUUUUAACGUGUUGCUGCACCAAAACGAUCGGAAUGUUGAUCGAUCAGUGGACGAAAUGCUCAAGAUUCUCCUGAUUCCGCAGAACCGUAAUUCUCUUUGCCAAAGCGUGCUGUCGGAGUUGUUAGAUGUCAAAAAUAGUAAAGUAAAUAUACUCAAGUCAACUGUGAGUCCAAGUCAGACCUUACAGAAAGAAGUUGUGCUCGACAAAUUAUCGAUGGUCCUCGAGGAAGAGCAUGGCACGGACCUGAUCGGACCUGCUUUUCGAACUGUCUCGAAGAAUGAUUCGGAACUAGUAUCACUUGUGUUAGAGAAUGUGUCACGGCAUGUGGCAGAUGUGGCAACCGAGAAGGAGGCUACAGAAACGGUUUAUAAGGCCAUCAUUCAGGCGGUCAGGCAAUCUAGUGAGAUUCGUGUUAAGGAGCUGUUAAAUGCUGAAGGAACGGAUGUACGUGAGAUGCUGCUUCAGGCGGUGGGUUUGGCGAGGGCCCUGGGUAUGUCGGACACGGCGAGCAGUCUGUUGGCUGUAAUCAGCGACGAAAGAUCAACCCACGCUCUGGCGAACGACCGGAUGACCAUGGACGUGCUGAAGAGGUUGGCGAUUAUGAGAAAACUCGCAGAGGAACGUCCUCCUUUCAUGAAUGCCCUCGGACAGUUGUGCAGCGAUCCCGAACUAGCUAGGGCAGACCCACGAUUGCGAACCUUAGUGAGAGAAAGCGCUGCGCUGAUGAUAGUACCCGAAGAGACCCCGUUGCUAUCUUCGGUUGACAUUCCGAAUGCGUUACUGCACGCGGACAACAGCUUGGCGAUGGAAGAAUUCCUUCUGAGAAGGAGUCAUAAACCAUCGGCUAUCUUCAUGAUUUUGAAGCAGGGUUUGCAAGCGGUCGUGCCCAGAGAGGCGUCCAGGUCGGUGCUAACUGGUCAGGUUGCUUACACUGUCCUUGACGAAGACGGAAUACAUCACUUCGAGCCAUUGCACGUGUUCUCGGCGCUCAGAUUGAACCGACCGACCGCUCAUCGAUUUUCUAUGUACUGUUGCCCGGUGGCGAAGGAGAGUGACAUGGAUGGCGAGAUAAUUUCCACUAGCUUCACCGGUACAACUUCGAUCGCCAGCAGUCUGGAUGGCUCUGCCAAUGGCAGCUCCAACAAACAAGAGAGUAAUGAUAUCGCGACUCCGUCGAGAUCUGAACACUCGGCCGUUCCUUGUUCGACCAGCACGGAGAACACGCUGAGCCUGAAGAGACGGAAUGGCUUAACUCGACAAGGAGAAAACUUCGAGCGGGGAUCCUCGGAUAAUUAUGUCGUCGUGAAGGACUAUGUGGCGGACACCGAUGGAUUCACGGUGAACAUUGGGGACAUCGUCGAGGCUAUCGAGCAUGACGGCUCAGCGAAGAAAGCGAGGAUGGACCCCGAUCUGGAGAUCGAGGUCGGAGAUAUCUUGGACAAUUCAGCCGCCAAGCAUAAACUUUCGGUUCGUCCACGUCGAAAUCAUGCAGAUCCUCGUGCUCGAAGUCGCAGUCCGAAUAUCGACUCAGAUUCCAGUCUUCGAAGGGUAUACGUUCGUACACCCGACGGAAGACAGGGAUGGUUGCCUAUGUCCAUUUUAAUGCAAACGGCACUUAGCGAAGAAAGUUCAUCAUUGACUCGGCCAGAGGAUGCUCAUUAUCGACGAGAAGCUGUCGUGAAGGAGUUGGUCGAAACGGAGGAGGAAUUCGGUAAAGAUCUUCAGCUGGUCGUCGAACGUUACCUGAAGCCUCUCGACAAUCCUGAUGUCCCGCGGACCGUACGGGACAACAAGGAAAUUAUUUUCACUAAUCUCAAACAAAUAGCUGAUUUUCACAACACAUCGUUCGGCAGGGUGUUGAUCGAGGGCGUCAAGUACUAUGCGGAUCAACCACGUAUGCUUGGCAAAACUUUCUUGAGGCUGGAGAGAGAUUUUGACAAACACGUGGCGUACUGCAGGGAUGAGCCCGCUGCUCAGGAAUUUCUUCAAACGAACGACGAAGUACGCGAAUAUUUCGAGGAGUUGAGCCAGACUCUGGGUGACGACAAGAACAUAUCGGAACAUCUGAAGCUCCCGAUACAACGCAUAAACGACUACCAGCUCCUACUAAAGGAGCUGGUGAAGUUUUCGACCCGAUUAGGUGAAAACUGCGACGAUCUACAAAAGGCACUCGAGUUGAUGCUAGGAAUCCCUCAUAGAGCAACAGAUAAUAAAUUUAUAAGUAAUAUCGAAGGUUACAAAGGAAAUAUUCAUAAACUUGGUAGAUUGCUCACGCACGAAUGGUACACAGUAAUUGAUAAGGAAGGAAAAAGCAAAGAGAGAUAUUUAUUUCUGUUCAAAGCGCGAAUUCUCGUCUGCAAAGUCAGGCGGAUAUCGGAGGACAGAUCGGUUUUCGUUCUAAAGGAUAUCAUUCGGUUACCGGAAGUGGAAGUAAAGGAUCACCCAGACGAUAUACGAUCUUUCGAACUACACAAUCCAGCUAUUCCCAAUUAUCCUAUCACUUUGGUAGCGCACAAGGAUCCCGUAAAGGCUUAUUGGCUUAAGGAGAUCCGUCAAUACGCCAGUGAUUUGGUCGCCCUUGCUGAACACGCGGCGGAUGAUCUUCAAAUAACCGAGGAGGAAAGCAAGGAAGAACUCAAGGACGACGAGAAACGAGUGCCGGUGAAGAUCGAACCGUCACAGGCAAGUCAAGAAUCACCUAAAACUCAGGAUAAUCCAGUAAAAAAAGAAGUAAAUCCAAAAGCGGCGGAAGAGGUAAAAGCAAACCCGAAGGUAGACUCGACUAAAGAUUCUAAGGUUGCGGAGAAGAGAAAGGAUUCUGUAGGCGCGACAGACACGUCGGAAGUGAAAAAAACCAAAGUCGAAGAAGCUGAGGCAGACAUGUCGCGAAGGUACUCUGCGAGUCGAUACAGCGCUUCUGCGAAAGUUGUAGAAGAAUAUUCAUCAGUAUCAAGCAAACGUAAUGGCGUAUCCUCGUACAUGGAAUCGUCGGCAUCCGCGAUCGAAACAAGAAUGUCGUCCUCAUCGCAGGGGAGAAUGGGUCAGAUGUCAGAAACCACGACUUCCUACGAAACUGCAAUCACUGGUGGAACAGCAGCAGAAUCCAAUGUCGAAACCAAACCAGCCAAGAUCACUCUUGGUACUGAUGCUGGCAAACCAAUCUUCAUCAACACGAUAGAAGGAUGCAGCGUAGAACCGAUGCGACCAAAAAAGGCAUUGAUACACGCCAUAGCCGGAGAAGUUGCUACUUUCGAGUGCACGAUGUUGACCUCCGACGCGACCACCAGGAUGCAGUGGCUAAAGGAUAACAAACCGAUGGAAGACAAGCUAGCUGAUCGUGUUACUACUACACUGGAGAACAAUAUGUGCAAACUUGAGAUCCAGAAUGUUCACGAAUCCGAUUCUGGCAUAUACAUUGCGCGAGCUCUGAAUGCGAAUGGUGAAGCGACGUGCACCGCGCAACUGGUGGUCCAACAAUUGAGUCCGGAAGAGAAAAAAGCGAGAGCGGAAGCAAAUGCUCCUAUAUUCCUCGUGCGUUUGAAGGACACUGAACUUCUCGAGAAUACUUAUCUACGCUUCAUGAUUAAAGUUAAAGGAGAUCCUAAUCCGGAAAUAAAAUUCUUCAAAGAUGAUGUUUUGAUCGAUGCAAAACAUGAACGUGUGAAGAUCAUUCGGGAUAAUGCCGAGAAAGGAUUUUACGAACUAGUAAUCGCCGACGUUCAGAAGCAAGAUGCAGGAAAGUACUCGUGCACGGCUAUGAAUCGCUAUGGUGAGGCCACAUGCGAGGCAGUGGUGACGGUAACAGAUGAGAAGCCGCUUUUCCAGGGUCUUCCAGAGGGCCUUCUUGAGCUCGGAACCGAGCCACGUUUCAUAUGGUCUCGCGAUGGACAACCAUUCGAUCCUGAGGAAAGAUUUAAGGUUCUCUUCAAGGAUAACGAGGAUACUCUGGCACUGGUGUUCCAGCAUGUAAAACCCGAGGAUGCCGGUCUUUACACAUGCGUAGCGCAGACUAGUACAGGUAACAUCAGCUGCAGCGCGGAGCUAACAGUGCAAGGUGCCGUGAAUCAAUUGCUGAAAGACCCGGAAAAGCCGAAACUUCAAACGGAAUCAAGACAGUCUGAGGUGAGCGCCGGCGGUUCCGCAAUGUUGGACCUGCAGGUAAAAGGCUAUCCCAAGCCGGAUAUCAAGUGGACCAAAGACGGCCAAGAGAUCAUAGCUGGCGGUAGGAUCAAGUAUCUCUGGGAAGACGAGGAGUCCCUCUCGUUGGUAAUUAAACAAGUCACCGCCAAGGACGCUGGCGUUUACACCAUCAGGGCGAAAAAUGAUCUCGGCGAAGAUAGUACACAGAUCGAGCUGAUCGUCAAAUCCGCCCCGAAGAUCACGCAGAAGCAGCCCGACAUGACCAUCCUCAUCGAAGAAACGGGCACCAUGACCGUAAAAGUGGAAGCUACGCCAUCGCCGGAAAUCACAUGGUACAAGGAUGGCCAGUUGAUCGAGGAAAGCGAUCGUAUCAAGAUCAUCAAGGAGGACAGCGAUACGUACAAAUUGGUGGUCAAGAACGCCAAAGUGACCGAUGGAGGUUCGUACUCGAUUGUCGCACGCAACGAAGUUAAUCAGACGACCGAUAUCUGGAAAGUUGGUAUCAAGUGCCCGCCGAAGAUCAAGAAGGGGCUGGGCGAACCACGAGUGAUCAACGAGGGUGACACGUUGAAUCUUUUGAUUGAGGUGGACUCGGAAACGGAGGCGACGGUCAAUUGGCAUAAAGAUGGGCAGCCCUUGACUGCGAGCGAUCGCGUGAAGAUGACGAAGAGUGGUAAUAAUCAUAUACUCACGGUCACUGGCGCGGUGGUGGAAGAUGCGGCAGUUUACAAGGCUGAGGUGGUGAACAAACACGGAACUAUUUCGGACGAAACGAGAGUCAGGGUACGCGGUAUACCGAGGUUCAAGACAAAACUGUGCGACAUUAGCGCGAACGAGGGCGAACUGAACGUUGAGUUUGUCGUGGAAGUUGAAGGCUUCCCGAAACCUAGUGUGCACUGGUUCCUGGGCGACGUCGAAAUCACGGAGAAGCGUACGGAGUACACUCGCGUGGAAGAAGGCGACAAUUACAAGCUGAUCAUCAAGGAAGUGAAGACUGAGUUGAAGGGAUGCUACACCUGCAAGGUGCAGAACGAAUACGGCGAGAAUUCGAGCAGCUCCAACUUGACGGUGAACACACGGCCGAAGUUGUUGAAGAAAUUGGCUGAUCAGAGACUGAACGAGGGUGACACUCUAAACUUGAAGUUAGAAGUGUCUGGUACACCAGAUCCAGAAGUCAAGUGGUACAAGGAUGGCGAGGAGGUAACAGCGGAUGCCAGAAUCAAGAUCAGUAGGGACAGCCAACGCAAGGAGAGCUAUGACCUGACAGUGACGUUACUGAAGGGCAGUGACGGCGGUUUGUACGAAGUGCGGGCUGAGAACGAGCUAGGCUACGUGACGAGCAAGAGCAAGGUCAUCGUGUUGACUGAAACGGAAGAUGAGAAGGUCGAUGAGAAGGUAGAGCCUCCGAAACAGAAAGCUGAGAAAGUGAAAAUGGAAGACUUUCAACCGAAGAAAUUGGUAGAAGAAGAAUUAUUGGAGGAAACUAUUAUGCACGCCGGAGAACCGGAAGGUCGCGUCAAACUGGAGAGACAGAACAUCCAAGUAGUUCAAGGGGAUAAAGAAACUAUCACGAUCUCCGUGGCUUCUACAACAUCACACGAGGCUCUACUCACAGGUCCCGAUGAAAGUCACACGAUCAGCAAGAUGACGACGACUAAGGUUGAAUGUCGGGAGUUCGGCAUUGAUUCAGGACCCCAGGUUGAGGAAGUCGCUUCUUAUGCCUACACAGUGCAGGAAGAGAAUUCGAAGCCACAGAAUGGUGUGCUCAUUGAGGAGUUUUCUGAGGCUGAGGAGAAGAAGUCGAACCUAAACGUCAAUCGAGGCGUCACGAUAGUCUCCGUUUCUGACGAUGAGUCGACCUUGAAGGCAUUGUCGCGAGACGUUAGCACGGAGGACGUGCAACUGGCUGAUCAACUGCCAGAAGACCAAAAAACGACGAAUGGAUUAUCUGAUGAAUUUUGCUUCAAUGGACCAGAAGAAGAAAAGAGCUUGGAGGAUAUUAAAUUGCACAGAAUGUCCAGAAUCACGGAGACCAUUGUCGAAGAGCGGUCCUCCGAGGAACCGUUGUCGGCAGUGCUGUCGAAUCAGAUUUCGCAGCAAGAGAUUUCGGAGAUGAAGGAGAUGAAUUUGCCCAGUCAGAGUCCGGUCAUUAGCGAUGUGAGUCCAGCGAAGAAAGUUGCAGAGAAAACUGUUGGUCAACCAGAUACUGCCGUGAAGUUAUCGCAAGAAACUGCGAAGCGAGAAGAGGCGGAAACUGCCACAGUGCCAGCAAGCUCAUCGUUGUCAAGACAGAGUUCUCAGAAAGCACAGUUAGAUGACGAUGCGGAGAUUGACGAUGAUAUGAAGAACCUUCUAGAUCGUGUUAAACGACAACGUAGCGUGCUAGACGAAAUCCUUGAUAAAGAAUCGAGCAGAGAGUCAGCUCCGCCUCACAUCGUAAGCACCGAUCUCACCGAUCGAACGAUCUUCGAGACGCAGAACACGAAGUUCGAAGUGCAGGCCACCGGUUUGCCAAGGCCGGAUGCGAAGUGGAUGAAGGAUGAUAAACCACUUCGAUCUGGAGAACGAGUGAGGAUCACGGCGUCAGGAGAGUCCUACGAGUUGGAUCUCAGUAAGGCCACCCUCGAAGAUGAGGGCGUGUACACGUGCGUUCUUACGAACAAAUUGGGUGAAGAAAUCGUUGAGGGCUAUUUGACCAUUGGCACUGUCGAUGAGCUGCGGAAACCGAGAUUCACCGAGCCUCUCAACGAUGUCGACGUUGCUUUCGAGGGCAACGGCGAGUUUAAGGCUGUCUUCACGGCCGAUCCGGUUCCCGAUAUCACAUGGUACUGCAAUGGUCAUGAAAUUCCACCGGACGAUUCUAGACUGAAGUGGACCAUAACGAACGCACCAGCAGCAGAUAAACUGACGGAAAGUACAGUUAUUCUGAAGGUACCGAAAUGUACAAAAGAAGAUACCGGAGAGUACACUCUGAAGCUAAGGAAUAAGUACGGCGAAGCCGAAUCUAGCGCAUUCUUGAGUCUUUUAUUGAAACCAGAAAUUGACAGCUUCAGAGAUCACACGGAAUCAGUUGAUGAACGAGUCGAGUGGCAAGCUAUUAUUAAGGGAAAUCCAAAACCCGAUAUCAUAUGGAAAAAGAAUGGCAAAGAACUGCAAAAGGACGAACGAUAUGAUAUGGAAGAGGAUAAGAGAAAAUGCAAAUAUAAACUUAUUAUCAAAAAACUCAGUUUGGAGGACGAGGGAACCUAUACAGUCGUGGCAAAGAACUAUCUGGGCGAAGCAAGUGCUCAAGCUGUUCUCACGCCUCACACCGAAAUUCCAACCUUCCUGAAGGAUCUGUCGAAGAUGCAGUGUAGCGAUCGCGAAGACGUCGAACUGAAGAUUCGCGCGACCGGAAUUCCGAGGCCUAGCGUUGAGUGGCUGAAGGAUGGCGAGAUCGUUAAGGAGGGUGACAGGUACCAGGUGACGACUCACACGGAUGGCAUAGUCGACAGCACCCUCUCCAUCAAGACCUUCUCCGCUAACGACGUCGGUACAAUAACGUGUAAGGCGAGCAAUGUUGCCGGAAACGCGGAAACCAGCUGCGAGCUAUCUAUGACGUUAACCGCGCCUUCAUUCGGUAAAUCGUUACCGAGAUCGGCGGAAGUCGACGAGGGUGAACCUCUGGAACUGAAAGCCAAAGUGGAUGGUAGCCCAAUACCUAAUGUCGCUUGGUUCAAGGACGGCGAGAAAAUUACACCGGAUGAUCACGUAAGGAUUAUUACUCUGCCAGAUGGUAGCACGAAGCUUACGAUUGACAAUGUGAAGCCUACCGAUUGCGGCGCUUACAAACUAGUCGUUACGAAUCCCAGCGGUGAAGACUCCUCACUCUGCGCUGUUGCUGUUACACCUGAGCGAAGGAAACCAUCGUUCACGAAACCGCUGGAGGACACAAAGGCGGUGGUUGGGCAACCGUUGAAAUUGGAGGCUCAAGUCCUAGCAUUCCCGAAUCCGCAGGUGCAAUGGUUCAAGGAUGGAAUACCGCUGAGGCACACUAAGGAAAUGUACUUCAUGAAUGAGCCAAAUGGCCUUAUUGGAUUAAGAAUGGAUUACGUACGCCCAGAGGACGCCGGUACUUAUUCGUUAAUUGUGUCCAACGCUCUCGGUGAGAUAACUGGCACAGCCAAGGUAGAAGUGGAGGAAAGGGAAAAGCGACCAGAGUUCGUCACGAGUCUUCAGCCACAGACCGCUGUCGAGGGUUUCCCAGUAAAGAUGGAGGUGAAGACUACAGGAAAACCGGCACCCGAACUCAAGUGGCUACGAGACAACGAGGAGAUCGUUCCAGACAAUAAGCACAUAAAGAUUGUUAGUCAACCAGACGGCAGUCAGGCUUUAAUUCUCGACAAAGCAACACCGGAAGACGCUGGCGAGUAUCAAGUGGUGGCCGGUAACACAGAGGGUACUGCAUCUUGCAAGGCCAAGCUGGACGUCGCCGGUAAGGUGAAGUCGGACACACCGGAAGAGAAACCGGCGUUUACUAGUCCUAUGCGCGACGUAUCCAUUGAAGAAGGUCAACCGCUGACGAUGGACGCGUCGUUCAUCGGCAAUCCAAUUCCUGACGUCAGUUGGACGAAGGAUGGUGAACCGGUCGAACCGUCGGAUCGCGUCAUAAUGAGCUGCGACGGCAAGAAGGUCAGCCUGCAGAUUAAUCCGUGCGAGCCGAAGGACGCAGGCGUCUACGGCUGCCGGCUGAGCAAUCCGCUAGGCGAGGACACCACCAGUGCGAAUGCCAUUGUCCGCAAGGUCUAUCAGUCGCCAAUUUUCACGCAGAAGUUCACGGAUCUGCAGCAGAUGCCCACGUUUGACGCCAAAUUCCCAGCGCGCGUCACUGGAAUACCGCAGCCGGAAGUGAGCUGGUAUUUCAACGACAAGCCGAUUUUAAGAGACGACGAGAAGUACAAGAUAAAGCGCGACGGCGACGCCUGUUGCUUGUACGUGAAGGACUGCACGUUUGACGACUCGGGACGAUACAGGUGCAGAGCGGUUAACAGAGGUGGUGAAGCGGAGUGCGCGGCGAAUCUGGCUGUGGUCGACAAGAUUAAGAAGAUGCAGAAGGUCGAGCCGCCAGCAUUCCUGAAGAGAAUUGGCGACUGCGAGGUUUAUAGGGGCAUGCCAGCCAAGUUUACCGCAUGCGUCACGGGUUAUCCGGAGCCUGACUUCGAGUGGUAUCGCAACGGCGACAGGAUCUGGCCCACGGAUCGCAUCAGGAUGGACCAGGAAGGUAGUCUGCUGCGACUCACGAUCGUUAACGUAGACGAGCUAGACGCCGGAAAAUAUGUAUUAAAGAUCUCCAAUCCUCACGGUGAGGACUCGUGUAGCGCCGAAAUGGUUUACGAAUCUUUGGAACCACGCGCGAAGAAACCUCUCGCCGACCAGUACACAGAUUAUGACAAGUAUCGAAAGUCUGGCAUUCCACUGCCCCUGUCGGACCGUCCGAUCAUUAGUCGCAUGAUGGACCGACAUCUCACUCUCUCUUGGAAGCCGUCUAUUCCCAUCGGGCCACGAGUACCUGUGACCUAUCUUGUAGAAAUGUGCGAACUGCCGGACGGCGAUUGGUUUACUGCUCGUACCGGUAUUCGUAGCUGUGUCUGUGACAUCCGCAACCUCGAGCCGUUCCGCGACUACAAGUUUCGCAUUCGCGUGGAGAAUAAGUAUGGAAUAAGUGACCCGUCACCGUUCGCGCAGACUUAUCGCGCCAAACUGGAACCGGAACCGCCCAAGUUCUUUCCAUAUUUGCCUCCUGGCAUCGAUUUCCGUCCCGAGACCAGUCCCUACUUCCCGAAAGACUUCGAUAUCGAGCGACCACCUCACGAUGGGUACGCCCAGGCACCUAGAUUUUUGCGUCAGGAACACGAUACCCAGUACGGUGUGAAGAACCACAACUGCAACCUCUUCUGGUUCGUCUACGGCUAUCCCAAGCCGAAGAUGACGUACUACUUCAACAAUCAGCUAAUCGAAUCGGGUGGACGAUACGAUCAAAGCUACACUAGAAACGGUCAGGCGACUCUCUUCAUCAAUAGGAUGCUUGAAAGAGACGAGGGCAUCUAUGAGGCUGUCGCUACGAAUGAACACGGCGAGGCUAGGCAGAGAGUUAUCUUGAAAAUCGCUGAAUAUCCCACGUUUAUCGAACGACCCGAAGAAACCAUCGUGAUGGUGAGAAGGACUGGACAACUGACCGCUCGCGUAACUGGUGUACCUUACCCGGAACUAAAAUGGUACAAGGAUUGGAAACCUAUAGCUUCGUCUUCCAGAAUUAGGGUCCAAUUUACCGAACCUGAUAUCACGACUCUCAUCAUCAAUGAUGCCAUUACAAAGGACGAAGGUCUCUACUCACUCAGCGCAGGUAACGUGGCUGGCUCGAUAUCUUGCUCGGUGAUGCUGCACGUGGAAGAGAAUGAGCAUGAGUACGGAUACCGAACAUACAGAAAGAAAAUGGACGUGAAACCACGCGAUAAGCUGUUCAGCGACUUGUACGACUUGGGCGAUGAACUUGGUCGCGGCACUCAGGGUGUGACCUAUCAUGCGGUUGAGCGGAAUACCGGCAAAAAUUACGCUUCUAAAAUUAUGCACGGACGUGGUGAUCUUAAGCCAUUCAUGUACAAUGAAAUGGAAGCGAUGAACAGUUUGCAUCAUCGAAAAUUGCUACGAUUGCACGAUGCUUUCGAGACUAAUGAUUCGGUCACACUCGUCAUGGAAUUAGCGGCCGGUGGUGAAUUAGUGGAUAAUCUCACAAGACAAGAAUAUUAUACCGAGAUAGACAUUGCUCGUUAUAUACGUCAAAUAUUAUGGGGAUUAGAAUACAUACAUGGGAAUCACUAUGCACAUCUUGGUCUCACGCUUGGUGAUCUCUUGAUCUCCCAUGCCGGAGGAGAUGACCUGAAGAUCGGAGAUUUCGGACUUGCCCGCCGAAUUUCGCACACAAGAUUAAUGACCUUGGCGUAUGGUAUGCCGGAAUAUGUCGCACCGGAAGUGACUAAUAACGAGGGUGUCAGUUACCCCGCGGACAUGUGGUCCGUUGGCAUAAUUACUUACAUCUUGCUGUCGGGUAUUUCACCGUUCAGGGGUGCGAACGAUCGAGAGACUUUGAAGAGGAUCCGAGAAGGCAAGUGGGACUUCGACGAUCGAUGGAGGAACAUCUCGAACGAAGCACAGGACUUUAUCCGCAGUCUGUUGGUGUAUAAUGUCGAAAGCAGGAUGGACGUCAGAACGGCUUUGGCUCAUCCGUGGUUUAAUUACAUUGACAAUUUGCCACCUGAGCCUUAUAGGAUACCCUCCGAGAACUUGAAAAAUUAUUAUAAACUUUAUCGCGAUUGGUACAGCAACGCUUCGUGCCGCACGUGGUACCGCAGACGUAAGUUGGAGACGGCGUUCGAUGAUCCAUCGCGAAUGGUUUAUCCGCCCGGACAUAGAUUCACGCCAGAACCCACUGACAGAAGUCACAGUCCAUUGAAGAAACGCUCGCCCAGGACGUGGGAAAAUCAAAUACCGUCCAGGGAACCGAUUGAUACAGAAAUCGGGAUUAUUACGAGUGAAAGCCAUUAUCAAAAUGGACCAGAUACAUAUCUCCUCCAGUUGCGAGAUACCGAUUUCCCUGUACGAUUACGCGAAUACAUGAAAGUCGCGUGCAAUCGCAGUCCUGGAUUCUCGCGUACCGUUACUGAAGAAAAUGGCUUCGAUUGGAGGACGCCCAUCAUACGGGAACGUCGUCGAUUCACCGACGUCAUGGAUGAGGAGAUUGAUGACGAGAGGAGGGCGCGUAUCAACCGAUACGGAUCAGCUGAUACCUACACACUCAGGCGCUUAAAGAACGAGUUGGGCACCCGAUUGGAUAGCUACGCUGAAGCUGAGGCGAUGAUCGAGUCAAAGAAGGAGGGUCAGCCGCCGUUCUUCCGUGAAAAGCCACAGAUCUGCCCGAUCGAGGAGGGAAAGCCGGCUCAUCUUGUUUGUCUAGCUGUGGGCAAUCCGAAACCGCUGAUACAGUGGUUCAAGAACGACAUGGUCAUACAAGAGAACAACAGAAUUAAAGUGACGGAAGAUGAUGAGGGAAGAUCUAUACUCAGCUUCAAUCCCACAAAAGAGCACGACAUCGGAAUAUACAAAGUCGUGGCGAGGAACCCCAUCGGACAGACUAUUGUUAGAACCAGAGUGCUGCUCGCGAUCGUUCCUUCUGGCCCGGAUUCUCCGGAGGCCUCUGAUGUUUCGGACACUGAAGUUCUCCUGCGAUGGAAGCAGCCCAAGUACGACGGCAAUUCGCCCGUAUUGUGCUAUAAUCUCCAGUACAAAGAGGGUGACUCGAUCUCCUGGAUAGACGUCGGUUCCAACAUCGAUCACGAAUUCUACCUGGUGCGUGAUUUAAAGCAGGACACGAGCUACAACUUCCGUUUGGCAGCGCGCAACCGUAUCGGCUGGAGUGAGAAGGGUAUUCCGUCAAAGCUGAUCAAAACGCGACCGCCGGGCUGCCCGAAGGUACAAAUCACACGGGCGAUGAGACACCUCCAGGAGUUGACCGAGGCUGGUCAGGAGAUUGUCCUGGAGGAAGAUAAGCCGCAUAUCGAUUACUCCCUGGAGAAACAUCCGAUCGAGUGGUCGACGGAGACGCAACUAUCCACCAAGUACAGCUUUAUCUCGGAAUUGUCGCGUGGCCAGUUCUCUGCAGUCGUAAAGGGCGUGGAUAAGGGCACGGAUCGCGUGAUUGUCGCGAAAAUUCUAGAGCUCAAUGCCGAAACGGAGAAGCAAGUGCAUUGCGAGUUCGAGGCGUUCCGUUCACUGCGACACGAACGGAUAGCGAUGCUGGAAGCAGCGUACAAGCCGCCCGGCUCGCCCGUGGCAAUGUUCGUCAUGGAGAAGCUGCAGGGCGCCGAUAUAUUGACGUACUUCUUCAGUCGGCAUGAAUAUACGGAGAACUGUGUGGCAAACGCAGUCACGCAGAUCCUCGACGGCUUGCAGUACCUCCACUGGCGCGGCUACUGUCACUUGGACAUACAACCGGACAAUGUAGUGAUGUCGUCCGUAAGAUCGGUGCAGGUGAAACUGGUCGACAUGGGCUCUGCUCAUAAAGUCAGCAAACUGGGCGCGGUGGUGCCCAAACACCUGGGUCAUCCCGAAUACAGAUCGCCCGAGUUGUACUGCGACGAGCCUGUCUACCCGCAGACGGACAUCUGGAUGGUCGGCGUGCUGACCUACGUCCUGCUGUCUGGAGUUUCACCCUUCCGCGGGAAGGACGCCGACGAGACCAGGCAGAAUAUAUCCUUUGUCCGAUACAGAUUUGAACAUCUCUACAAGGAGCUGAGUCAAGAGGCUACCAGAUUUCUUAUGUUGGUCUUUAAGCGCGCGCCGAGUAAAAGACCAGUGGCGGAAGAGUGCCACGAUCACAGAUGGCUACUGCCGACUGAAUUUAUGAUUAAGAAACGCGAGAGGGCUGUGUUCCUUGGCAACAGGCUUAAGGAGUAUAACGAACAGUAUCACGAAGAAAAAUCAAAGCUAGCUUCCGACAGCGACAGUUUAGCGAGCGAGAGUUUGCUCGGCUCCAAACAAAAACUCAUCAGAUCGACUAGUAUACAAGAGGAGCUACGCACCACGUUUUAAUCGAGCUGCAAUUUUGUAAUUUAUAUAUUUACGUUUACGCGCAAGCAUGCACGAUUUUACCAUCUCGCGUACGUGCCUAGAUCUGUCCCCAGACAGUGAAGAAGAAACAGUGAGAAAACAGAAACGUAAAGAAAAAUUGUGCCUCUUUGUUUUCUCUUUUGUUAUUAUUUAUUUGUUAUAACACUCAUAGUUAUAAUGAAGACUAUUGUCUAUUAUCAAUGUUAUGCCGACGAAUUCCGUCGGUGAUUCAAAUAACGCGAUGAACUUUAGCCAUCCGUUCAAUUCAAAUGUAAUAAAUUGCGGCCUGCAGAACAUCCUAAUGAGUCAGUGUAAAUCGAACUUUUUCAGGUCCAAGAAAGUGCCGAUUACGCAUUGUACGAAUAUUAUAAAUAAAUAUUUGAAAAACA